UAAAGUACUAGGGCGCGCCGGGGAGGGGAAACCACGGUUGGUGAGCACCGCUGGGGCACCUCGCUGUGCUGCUGCAAGAUGAUUUGGGUCCUGCUCCUGCUCCUCCUUCUCCCCCUUCUCCUGUUCAUCGCUGCACCCCAAAUCAGGAAAAUGCUAUCCAACGGGGUGUGUACAUCGACUGCCCAGCUUCCAGGGAAGGUGGCAGUGGUUACUGGUGCCAACACAGGCAUCGGGAAGGAGACAGCCAAAGAGCUGGCUCAAAGAGGAGCGCGUGUCUAUAUAGCUUGCCGGGAUGUGCAAAAGGGGGAAUUGGUGGCAAAAGAGAUCCAGACCAUGACAGGGAACCAACAGGUAUUCGUGCGGAAACUGGACUUGGCUGAUACUAAAUCUAUUCGAGCCUUCGCUGAGGGCUUCUUAGCAGACGAAAAGCAUCUCCACAUUUUGAUUAACAAUGCAGGAGUGAUGAUGUGUCCCUACUCCAAGACUGCAGAUGGCUUUGAGAUGCAUAUGGGAAUCAACCACUUGGGUCACUUCCUCUUGACCCAUCUGCUGCUAGAGAAGCUGAAGGAAUCAGCCCCAUCAAGGGUAGUGAACCUGUCUUCCUUAGCGCAUGUCCUGGGAAGGAUCCAUUUCCAUAAUCUUCAGGGCGAGAAAUUCUACAGUGCGGGUCUGGCCUACUGUCAUAGCAAGUUAGCCAACAUUCUCUUCACCAAGGAACUGGCCCGGAGGCUAGAAGGCUCUGGCGUUUCAGUGUAUUCUGUACACCCUGGCACAGUCCACUCUGAAUUGGUUCGGCACUCAUUUUUCAUGAGAUGUAUGUGGCGGCUUUUCUCCUUCUUCAUCAAGACCCCUCAGCAGGGAGCCCAGACCAGCCUGCACUGUGCCUUAGCAGAGGGUCUUGAGAUCCUAAGUGGGAAUCAUUUCAGUGACUGCCGUGUGACGUGGGUCUCUGCCCAGGCUCGGAAUAUGACAAUAGCAAGGCGGCUAUGGGACGUCAGCUGUGACCUGCUGGGCAUCCCUAUGGAUUGACAGGUGGUGGCCGUUGGACCCAAGAGAAGUGUGCAGCAGACUACUCAGUGCUCCCUGCCAAAAUGACUCUCCUUCAGGGUGGCCAAACCUUGAGCACAAAGGGAGCAAACCUUCUGGCCUUGGCAGCUUUCUGAGAGAAGCCCCGUGCGCACUGCCAGGCAUCGCAACGCCUUGCAUCUGUCCAGACUGACUUUGCUCCCCUUCUUGCCAGUUACUAGAGAUAUCACAGGACAAGUACCCCUCGGGACCACCAGCUCAUCUGUUCCCUCUGAGACGCACCACCCAGGAGAACCUAAGCUCUGGCAAGGUUGAUUUGUGGCAGUUUGGACUCGUUUCUACCCUCUGUGUUCACGGUGUAUUGUCUCCCAACCAAACAACCUUCACUUGGAGAGGGCCACGCUACAGCCUGAGCUGAAUCCAGGAGUGACGUUGGCUCGCUUGGCUCAAGAGCAGGGCUUGUCCCUCACCUCUUAAAACCAUCGUAGGGCGAACAUCUGGAUUCUUUCAGGAAAUGUAACUGAAUCUGGAUUGUGGGAUGGCUCUCUCUCUCUCUGACAACCUAAAGCCACUGCUCAGACAUGUUCCCAUGCCUAGACCAUGGGAGAGCUUCCUUUUCUAAGAAGUUUGUGGGUUUGGGAGGAUGGCAGAAAUAUGGGGGAAGGCAGAAAUAAAAAUGAAGUUUAAACUCUCAUUUCCCUGCUAUUUCUCUGACCAGCAAGGAGGUAAUGAAAGGAUCAGUUUGAGAAGGUAGGCCUCCUGACAUCAGUUACUGACCCCAGACCCAUGGAGGCCUCCUUUUUGUGCUGUAGUUUCUCUUUGGUGAUUGUUAUUGAAUAGAUGUGUUCCUAUGUACUUUUGCAGUUGGGAGUAUUUUCACAAAAUCUGAAGUAGCCACAAAGGAACAGUAUUAAAUUGGACCCUGAUGCAGGUAAAUGAUCAGAGAUGGAGCAAGCCAGUGCCACCCAGUCUUUGAUACAAAUGGCUAGAGCUGCAAGGGAAGCAGAUUCUGUUUAUGUUGAUAACUACCCACCAAGAAGCACAUGGAGAGCAGGAAUUCAAAGAUAAUAGGCCUGGAAGGUAAUGAAGGGACCAAAGGAUUUUUUUUAAGCUGAAGAUGGUAAUAUCCAGCUAUAGAAUUAAGGGUGAGCACCCGAGUUAGCAAGGCUGAUAGAGCACUAUCUUAAGCACCAGUCAACCAAUGUGGCAGGG